AUGGCGAUGAUGAUGACUGGCCGUGUGCUGCUGGUGUGUGCCCUCUGCGUGCUGUGGUGCGGUGCCGGCGGUGGUGGAUGUUCUGAACCAACUCCAGAUCUUCUGGGUACUCAGUCCGAAGACCGCAAAACCCCUAAAAGUGAAAAAGAGACCAUUGGUGGCGCUGGAGGAAAUGGCCUAACCGGUAAACCGGCAGCGUCACAAGAAACAUCAUCACCGGUGCAAAUCGUAAUGGGAGCGGGAGCGGGAGCGGCAACGAACUCCUCACCGGCACUAAAACCGGGAAAACAACAAGCAUCAGCAAUUUUAACACCAAAGACGGAAAACAACAAUGAGAAAACAAAAGAAAAAGGAACGAGGGAGGAAGAGGAUGAAAUACAGGAGGAAGAGGAAGAGGAUGAUGAAGAGGAAGACGAACAUAAAGAAAUAGAUAAGAAUGAUGAGAAUAAAGAAGAGGGGGAAACGAAAGAAGAAAAGGAAGCGGACGACAAGGCAGAGAAGCAUGAGGAGAAAAAGAAGGAAGACGCUGGUACCGGCACCACAGAGGGGAUGUCAGCAGGCGGUCAAGAGCAGCCAAUUUCACCUUCUGGCGCGGAGGGAGCAUCGAAUAAUACAAAUCUCAAAAGCACCAAAACAGCUGGAGACGAUGAUCCAGCAGCUGAUGGUGCAGGAACACGAGAAGAAAAACAAAAUGAAAAUAAAGAAUCCAAUCCGAAAGAAACAUCAGUCGAAGCCACAGCCACGAAAACUACAACGGCGACGACUGGCGACAGUGACAGCAGCACCGCGGUCCCCCACACCACCUCCCCUCUUUUGCUUCUUCUUGUUGUUGUUGCGUGUGCGGCUGCUGCUGCGGUGGUGGCCGCGUGA